CACGUUUAAUUCAAAUUUGGAAUCGAUUAUGAGGUGAAUGAUGUCUGCGAGCGGGAUAUCGAGUUUAGUGAUGUUCGGAGUAUCAGCCUGGCCCCCGCCUGGACCGUUGCCCAACUCUUACCAAUUCCACCACCAGGGAUCCAAUUUUGCAGUAUUCCUCAUACUAUUCGCGCUAUGCAUGAUGGAGGUGGUGGUCCUGAGGAUAAUUACAGAGGAGCAAGCUCGGGAGCAGGGAACCAGGAGCGUCACUUCGCUAUGGUUCGAUGUGGAUGAGGAGUGAAGUGAAGUGAUGGUGAAGUGAUGAUCGAUUCUGUGAAUAUUCAUGUGUAUUCGAUAGUCAUUAUGAGUGAACUGCGACCUUAUCAAGACUUUGGAUGUUUUGUAAAUAAAUUAGGCUAAUUACUUUUACGGGUAACAUAGUGUUAUAAUAAGAAAAACAUAUACCUACUCUAUCAUGAGGCAAGAUGUUUGAAUGAACGAAUUAUGUAAAAGCUCUUGUAGCCAUAUCAACAAGCAUGGAAAAUCGAUGAUAAUGUAAAUUGAAAAGCUUAGAUUGUCAUCAAUAAGAUACGAACGACAAUGUUUUCAAAACGAAUAAGCAAUAGAAUGUUCAGAAUAAAACAACCCUACAGCCCUUGAAACAGAAAUAGAAGUAAAAAUCAAUACACACCGGUUUAUUUUUAGUAACGAGAAGCUACUUUCCCGUUUUAUAAAACGUGAACUGACCCAAAUAGUCUGCGAGCUUUUUAAUUUUUCCUCUUUUCCACUCCAAUAUUAAUUGCCUUUCCCGUUAGCUAUUAUGUUCAGACCAUUUAGUUAAUCAUACAGUAGUAGUUUAGAUAAGUUAGGACUAUGAGUAAGGGGAAGUUUUGUAAAAAUGUUUCCAUAUUCUUGGAAUUCUGAAAUGUGGAAUAUAGCCAAACGCGACAUACAAAAAAGGUGUAAAAUUUUCAGUGACAAAAUACUAAAAGUUACCUUAAUUUGGUUCCUCUGUAAUACUUAUCAAUUUGAUUUUGGAUUAAGGUUAUAAAGACACCUUGCCUCUGGCAAACAGUGGGUAUGAGAGGACCGGGCGCAAGGUAGCGACAAUAAACAAAUUUGUACUAUGUACUAAAGUGGCACGUCGUAUUGCAGUCACGCUUGAGUGCCAUAGAUUUUAGUUACCUGCCUAUGGGCAAUUUGUCAGGUCAGUCUUGCAUAAAUUGCUUCGGUAGGAAGGUAGAAACUUACAAUUUUCUACAUUAGGUACCCAUUAUUGUCUUCAUUAUGUACUUACUAACAAAAGAACAUGGCAACUAUUUUUUCUUGUUUCUUAUCUCUACCUAUUAGUUGUAUUGUUAAUUCUGAAAUGUUAUUCAGUUAUAAGCCGAAAUCCUGUAAAAUUAUGUUUCUGUAAUGGGAAAACCUUUUCUUUUUAAUUUUAACCCGCCUUACAAUAAUCUAGUAUCGUAAAAUCUAGUUCCUGAAUAAGAGUCCUAGGACAGUCCUUAUUUGACCCGAUUUUAAAAUUGAAAUCCUAUGUUGGACAAACAUUCUUAUUAGAAAAUGUCACAUGGAACAUUUUAAGGAAAAGAUUUAAUUUAUUUUGAGAGUGUAAGCACAGAAUAUAUUCUGCCUCAAAGCCGUUCGAUCGUUGACCGUGACCUAGACCCGCGCGAGGCGCUGCACAAAAAGUUGUUUGCGAUGUAAACAUACUAACUUUAACUUGCUUUUGCGAAAUCUCUAUACUGAUGUCCGAUUUGAAAAAUUAUGUUUGUAUUGGAUAGCCCAUUUAUCGAAGGAGGCUUUAGGCUAAGCGAGCACAGUUACUUAGUACUUAAUAAAAGAAACGCUAUUUGUUUUUAUUUUGUUAUAGCGUCAGACGAAAGUUAUUUGUAAAAUUAUUAUGUUGAAAUUAUACAAUUUAAGAAAGUGUUAUCUUCCAAACAAGCUGGGGAAAAGAUUAUAAAAUUGUUUGUAAAAUAAUAUUAAUUUGUCAAUAAUAUUAAGUAAGCUAGUAGAGGCUGAUGGUUAACGAUGGUCCUAACGUAACACCAUCUACAGGUCUGAAAGACAUUACAUCUGAAAAUACCUUUUCUAAAUGUGAUAAUCGUACAAAGAAAAAUUUUGUGGAAAGAAACACCGAGCAUAAGCAUUUCAUCUCCUUUUUCUACUCUAAUACUAACUAAUUACUUAUAUUUACGCUAUUAAAAUAAUGACUAAAAUACUUUAUCCUUAAAAUCUACAAUGUUUACACUAUGACUCCAACUAAGUACCUAAUCAAUAUUCUUGCGUCUCUUAUAAUUUAACUAUUUAAUAAUGCAUGUCUGAAUUUUGUCUUUGGUGAUUGGCAAGAUCUAUGAAAGUGUUAAAUUGUCAGGCAUGGUGCCCCCAUAGCCUUGAAUUUCAAAUGUCUGUCCAUGAUGAUACAUGGUUUGAGUAACUAGCGCGAGUAAAAUAGUUAACGUUAACUUUGGCUGAAAAAUAUUUUUUAUUUCUUGAUUACAAUGAUGAUAUUCUGUGACUUAUCUGUUACGUAACAUAUUAUUUGUAUUCCACCACCGUAUUAUAGACUCUUAAUAAUAAAAAUAGUAAUAACAAUAAGAACAAAUAAAGCCUGCUUUCUGAAUUACUUAGUGGACUCUACAUCUUUUUUCUUAAAAUUGAAAAUCUAAUUUGUUUAUCAGACAAAGCCUGGAUUAUGUAAAUAUUUUGAUCUUUUAUCACUCUGUCAUGAAUUUUCUUGUUCAAAAGUAGUAGCAUUAGUAGGUAGUAUUGUAAGUUUAGCUGGCUGAUUACUUAUUUCUGAAAAUUAUAGUCUGUAAGAACAUGGGAAACGGGCUAAGAAGGUAUGGGUGUAGUGUUUCAGUGCUUACUUAAAUUACAAUUAUCGAGAGAAUGGUCUGGCCUUUCAAAUUUGUGCAAUAUUAUGUUCACAUUUUAUGUCUGAUUUGUGUGCAAUGAUUUAGAUGAAUAGGCUAGUUAAAUGUUUGUGAAUACGUCAAAUGUUUACCUGUUUUAUGUUAUUUUAUUUUAUUUGUGUGUUUAUUUUUAGUCUAAAUCAGUGAAACUAGCCAAUACUUAUAGGGACCAGAGUCAAAAGAUUUUUCAUUUUGCUGGCCUCAAUAAGUGUUGUCAUUUUGCAUGUUUACGCUGUGAUAAAAAUUGUACCAUAAAAGAUAACAAGGAUCUUUUUAAUGCAGGAAUAUUGUGAAAAAGUUAACUACAAUGUGUGUAGGAGGUACUAAAUUUGUAAAUGCUUAUUUCUAAAAUCUAAGCAACUGCCUAUGAUGUUUCAGCAUUUUUUUAUUAUCUAGACCUAAAAGUAUAGUCAAUAACUUAUAUUUUUCUUUUGAAAUGGCUUCAUGAGGUUUGCACGUCUGUGUCAAGUAAAAGAUCUCUCUCUCUCGAAAAGCAUCUUUUCGUGCAAAAAUCCUAAUAAGAUCCUAGAAAGAUCUUUAUCUUUAAUAUUGAUUAUACUUAUUCUUAUUGUAGAAGGCGUGUAUUUAGACUGCAAUAGAUAGAUUCUAAUUUAGUCGCUAUGUGUGAUAAUCUCAGGUGAUGGCAAGGUUGUGUGAGGGACAAAGUGAAAAGUUACCGUAAUAUAUAUUAUAAAUUUAAAUUAGGUUUAAGUAAAAGCCAAGUAUUGCCACACAGCAAAAGUAGAUUUUAAUUGUUCAAAACUUUACAAUGCACAGUCGACAGCAGACCAGACUGUACAUUUUAGUAGCAAAAUAACACCUAUUCCAACUGUUUAAGAUACAGUGUUUACUUUGAUGUGCUGUCGUCUGUAUAAUUAAUUAUCAAUUGUAUUUGUAAUCCUAAUCUGAUGCAAAUGAGACGGUGUCGCGGUCGUAACCC